GAACCUGCGAGCUUAGAACACGCGGGAUCCAGACAAACCGUUCCACGGCAUUUCUUGCUCAACCCAGAGACAGUUGGAACAAGAGGGCUCAUUGAAGUCGAGUGCUUGCCAAAGGAAAUUUCCUACACACCACUACCAGUAGUCUCUGAAGUUCAGGAUAGGAUUUGUGGACCCACUUCACCUCAGACCAUGGCGAGCCAGCUGCCCCUUUAUUUGGCCACCUUCUUGACUGGGCUGCUGGAAUGCAUCGGUUUUGCUGGUGUCCUCUUUGGCUGGACCUCACUGUUGUUUGUGUUCAAAGCAGAAAACUACUUUUUAAAGCCCUGUGAACAGGACUGCGUGCUCGGGGGCAAUGCAACAGGCCUCCCUGACCUCAAAGCUCAGGAUGAGAAGUUCUCCCUCAUCUUCACCCUGGCGUCCUUCAUGAACAACUUUAUGACCUUCCCCACUGGCUACAUCUUUGACCGCUUCAAGACUGCUGUGGCCCGCCUGUUAGCCAUAUUUUUCUACACCUGCGCCACACUCAUCAUUGCGUUCACCUCUGCAGACACUGCCGUGCUGCUCUUCCUGGCCAUGCCUAUGCUUGCAGUGGGAGGAAUCCUGUUCCUCAUCACCAACCUACAGAUUGGGAAUCUCUUUGGCAAACACCGUUCAACCAUUAUCACCUUCUACAAUGGAGCAUUUGACUCCUCCUCAGCAGUGUUCCUCAUCAUUAAACUUCUUUAUGAGCAGGGAAUCAGCCUCAGGCAUUCCUUCAUCUUCCUGUCUGUCUGCAGUGCCUGGCAUGUUGGGCGUACUUUCCUUCUGAUGCCUCGGGAACAUAUCCCCUACCCACUGCCUCCCAACUAUAGCUAUGGCUUGUGCUCCAGGUUCUGUACUAGGAAGGAAGAGAAUGAGGCAGCUGAGCAUGAGACCAAGGAGUUGCAGUCAAGGGAAUGUCAGUCACCAAAGGAAGAGAACUCUGGACCAGAGCAGCAGCAGCAGCAGCAGCAGCAGCAGCAGCAGCAGCAGCAGCAGCAGCAGCAACACUCUUUCCGACACUGCGUGUUCUCUCGCCGAUUCAUCUUGCAUGUGGUGUGGCUGUCCAUCAUACAGUUGUGGCAUUACCUCUUCAUUGGUACUCUCAACUCUCUACUCACCAAGUUGGCUGGUGAGGAUAGUGUGAAAGUCAGUGCCUACACAAAUGCCUUUGCCAUCACCCAAUUUUUUGGCGUGCUGUGUGCCCCCUGGAACGGCUUACUCAUGGACUGCCUUAAACAGAAGUAUCAGAAGGAAGCCAAAAGGACAGGUUUGUCCUCUGAGGCUGUGGCUCUCUGCUCCAUGGUGCCUUCGCUGGCCCUGACAUCUCUCCUGUCCCUGGGCUUUACUCUGUGUGCCUCCAUUCCUGUCAUAGAGCUCCAGUACGCCACCUUCAUCCUGCAAGUGGUCAGCCGCUCCUUUCUGUACGGGUGCAAUGCUGCCUUCCUCACACUGGCUUUUCCCUCAGAGCAUUUUGGAAAGCUCUUUGGUCUGGUGAUGGCCUUGUCGGCUAUUGUGUCUCUGUUGCAGUUCCCCCUGUUCAAAGUCUCCCCGGAGAGCAAAGCUGUAUAUGUGUCGAUGGGGCUUGCCAUUUUUCUGACAUUGGUCCAUCCCUUCCUGGUGUACCGUGAGUGCCGUGCUGAGAAGACAAAACCAUCAGUGGACGCCUAGCCCAGACGCCCUCACUCUCUAGCCUUGAAGAUGCCUUUCUCGCUCAUUAGUCAACUUUGAUGAUGCAGUGUCCACAAAGACUGCCUACCUAGGAGAACUCUCAUAGGCAGCCAUAGUUUUCCUUAA